AUGAGUUCCCUGAGCCGGCAGCAGCAGCAGCAGCAGCAGCCACCGGCCGCAGGCGCGCGGCGCCUCUCCACCCGCCGGGCCAUGGCCCCGAUCCGGCAGAAGCUGCUCUUUUCGGGCGGCGGGAGCGACUGCGAGGAAGACGACGAGGAGGAGGAGGAAGAGGAGGAGGAGGAAGAAGGCGGCGGCAACAACAGCAGCGGCAGCGCCAACAGCACCGGGGAGGACUCGGCCUUCCAGGAGGCGGACUCGCCCCUCUCGGCCAGCCGCACCCCGCUCCGCAGGGAGCCUCCCCCGCCGCGGACGCCGGAGGAGGAAGAGGAGGCGGCGGCGAUGGAGCUGGCGCCGCCCGCCCUGCCCGGCGACGAGGGCGACUCGUGGGAGGAGGAAGGCUUCGGCUCCUCGUCGCCGGUCAAGUCCCCCGGCGCCUACUUCAUGGCCGGCUCGCCGCCGCUCAAGGCCCCCGCCCGCUACUGCCCGCCGCCGGGGGCCGCCGCCGCUGCCGCCGCCUCGCCCCCGCGGCCCGGCCCGCACUCGCCGCUGCCCGCGUACCCCGGCACGCCGCCCCACAAGACCUUCCGCAAGCUGCGCCUCUUCGACACGCCGCACACGCCCAAGAGUCUACUUUGUAGAGCUCAAGGAAUGGGCUCAAUUUCAGCUAAACUUCGAGGUGGCUCUCUCUUUAUGAACGUUGGAAAACUAGAGAAACAAGAUGUGGACAUGCAACAGGCACCUCAUGUGAACAUUAAUCCCUUCACGCCAGACUCUCUUUUUCUCCAGUCUUCAGUUGGACAGUGUCGCAGAAGAAAAAGAACACAUUGGAAUGACUCCUGUGAUGAGAACAUGGAAGCAAGUGAUGGAGAGCCUGAGGAUGAAACUGUCAGACCUGCCAAACGCAUCAGCAUAACAGAAAGUAAUAUGAAAUCACGAUAUGCAACAGAAUUUCAUGAAUUGGAGAAGAUUGGGUCUGGAGAAUUUGGUUCCGUAUUCAAAUGUGUAAAGAGGCUUGACGGCUGCAUUUAUGCCAUAAAACGAUCUAAGAAGCCCUUAGCUGGCUCAGUUGAUGAGCAAAAUGCUCUUAGAGAGGUCUAUGCUCACGCGGUCUUGGGACAGCAUUCACAUGUAGUCAGAUACUUCUCAGCCUGGGCAGAAGAUGACCAUAUGCUGAUACAGAAUGAGUAUUGUAACGGUGGCAGUUUAGCAGAUGCCAUAAGUGAAAACUAUAGAAAUAUGCGCUACUUCAGCGAACCAGAGCUGAAAGAUCUGCUACUACAAGUUGCUCGUGGCUUAAAGUACAUCCAUUCAAUGUCACUGGUACACAUGGAUAUAAAGCCCAGUAAUAUUUUUAUAUCUAGAACGUCAAUUCCAGCUACUAUACCAGAAGAAGGUGAUGAUGAUGAAUGGUCAUCUAGCAAAGUUGUAUUUAAAAUAGGUGAUCUUGGUCACGUAACUAGGAUAUGCAGUCCUCAAGUAGAAGAAGGAGAUAGCCGUUUCCUUGCUAAUGAAGUUUUACAAGAGAAUUAUAAUCACUUGCCAAAAGCGGAUAUAUUUGCUCUUGCACUGACAGUAGUGUGUGCUGCUGGUGCUGAACCACUGCCAGCCAAUGGGGAUCAGUGGCAUGAAAUUCGACAAGGAAAACUGCCUAGAAUUCCACAAGUCCUUUCUCAAGAGUUAUUGGACUUAUUAAAAGCUAUGAUAAACUCAGAUCCAGAGAAAAGACCCUCAGCAGUUGGUCUGGUCAAGCAUUCUGCACUGUUAUCUACUGCCAGAAAGAGUGCCGAGCAACUACGGAUAGAACUGAAUGCUGAGAAGUUCAAAAACUCACUGUUGCAGAAAGAGCUGAAGAAAGCGCAAAUGGCAAAGGCAGCAGCUGAAGAACGAGCACAGUUUGAUCGAAUGACAACUAGAUCUACAGCACAGAACAGAACAAGUCGUCUUACUGGAAAGAAAAUGAAUCGUUCAGUUAGCCUUACCAUAUAUUGACUGGACAUUUCAUACAACUGUUAAAGGAAAACUACGUAAUAUUUCUCAGCUAAAUUAGGGGCAAAAGAGAGGUUUCUGUUUCUAGUGUUUUUAAUCACUGUCAAUAGUUUUUAUUAAGAAGCCCAUAUUUUAAUUUUGCCAAAUACAGUUAAAUAUCUUUGUUUUUCCCUAUUUCCCAAAGAACCUGGAGGUUAACUUGUAAGCCUUUCAGCAACACUGCAUAUGACACCAUUCAAAGUUAACCACUAUAGUGGUGUGCUGCUUUUUAGUUUUAAUGGGAUGAAAGACAUUUUUCCGGUUGUCUAAAAGGGCCUUGUUUGUAAACUGUUCAGUUGGAAUGGAGAGAAUAAACAUAGGAAGGAUCCUAAAGGACGGCAGGCCAAACAUACCUGGUAUCAGGUAAAAAAAUUUUUAUUGUGAAUUUUACUCAUGUAUUCAACUGGGAGCACUUUGUUAGGCAUUGCUUAGAUCACAGGGAAAUAAAGCCUGUGGCAACAUGCCAUGUGAAACUGCUGCUAUUUUUAGUUCUUGCUGUAAAACUGUAGCAUUAAAACAAUCAUUGUUAGUAGACUUGUUUUGUUUUAAAAAAACAAUUAUGUGAACAAUAUUAUAGCUGCAUUGGCAAAAGCAGCGUCCUUCUUUGAAGCUAGUGUGUUGAGUAGAGUCAAUGCACCAUUCUGUAUUUGAAUUACAUUAUUAGUGUAAAUGUCUUUUAUAAAUCUUUCUAAUAACGUUCUGAGAGUUCAGUCUUU